AACCCUUCUUCACAUUCUUACUCGCUAACGCAGCGCGUGUUUUCAUUGUGCAAAAGUAAUUAUAUAUAAUUUAAGAUUAAACUGCGUAUCACAAUUCAAAAAUAAUGUCCAAGCGUCGCAUUGAAGUGGGGGAGACCUAUUCCUCCAGCAAAUUAAAGCCAAUGGAUCCCGAGGCAUCCACAUCAGCUGCGGCGUCGGCAGCAGCUGCCGCCGGCACUGUAGCCCAAAUACUUGGAGGAUUUGUGCCCAGCAAGCAACCUCCAACCAUAAAUAGUUUGACGGGCAAGGCGUAUUCGGCUCGCUAUCAAAAUCUCUAUAAGAAGCGUAUCAGCUUACCCGUGUUUGAGUAUCAGACAGACUUUAUGCGUCUGCUAAACAACCAUCAGUGCAUUGUCCUGGUAGGAGAGACGGGUUCUGGAAAGACCACACAGAUUCCCCAAUGGUGUGUGGAUUUUGCAAUAUCUAAGGGCCGCAAGGCGGUGUCCUGCACCCAACCACGUCGUGUGGCUGCCAUGUCAGUGGCGCAACGUGUAUCCGAGGAAAUGGAUGUGAAUCUGGGCGAGGAAGUGGGUUAUUCCAUCCGUUUUGAGGAUUGUUCUUCACCCAAAACAUUGCUCAAAUACAUGACCGAUGGUAUGUUGCUUCGUGAAGCCAUGUCUGAUCCUAUGCUGGAGCAGUAUCAGGUUAUACUCUUGGAUGAGGCUCACGAAAGGACAUUGGCCACCGAUAUACUAAUGGGUGUCCUCAAGGAGGUGAUACGACAGCGUGAUGAUUUGAAAUUGGUUGUCAUGUCGGCCACAUUGGAUGCCGGCAAGUUCCAGCAAUAUUUCGAUAAUGCUCCACUAAUGAAUGUGCCCGGUCGAACACAUCCUGUGGAGAUUUUCUAUACACCAGAGCCAGAGAGAGACUAUCUAGAAGCGGCUAUCAGGACAGUCAUUCAAAUACACAUGUGCGAGGAGAUUGAAGGUGACAUUUUAAUGUUUCUCACGGGUCAGGAAGAAAUUGAGGAGGCUUGCAAGCGAAUCAAACGUGAAAUUGAUAAUCUUGGCUCCGAAAUUGGCGAAUUGAAAUGCAUUCCCUUAUAUUCCACCUUGCCGCCCAAUCUGCAGCAGCGAAUCUUCGAGGCAGCUCCACCCACAAAUGCCAAUGGAGCCAUUGGCCGCAAAGUUGUCGUCUCCACCAAUAUAGCAGAAACCUCACUGACCAUUGACGGAGUGGUCUUUGUCAUUGAUCCAGGAUUUGCCAAGCAAAAAGUCUACAAUCCCAGAAUUCGUGUGGAAUCGCUCUUGGUGUCGCCCAUAUCUAAGGCAUCGGCUCAGCAGCGUGCCGGUCGUGCUGGACGUACGCGUCCAGGCAAAUGUUUCCGCCUAUACACAGAGAAAGCAUUCAAAAAUGAAAUGCAGGACAACACUUAUCCGGAAAUUUUGAGAUCCAAUUUAGGCACUGUGGUACUUCAACUCAAGAAACUAGGCAUCGAUGAUUUGGUUCACUUUGAUUUUAUGGAUCCUCCAGCCCCAGAGACUCUGAUGCGUGCUCUCGAGUUGCUAAACUAUUUGGCAGCCCUCGAUGAUGAUGGUAAUCUAACGGAUUUGGGCGCUGUCAUGUCUGAAUUCCCGUUGGAUCCACAAUUGGCCAAAAUGCUGAUAGCCAGUUGCCAGCAUAAUUGCUCCAAUGAGAUACUAUCCAUAACGGCCAUGUUGUCGGUGCCGCAAUGCUUUGUCCGACCCAAUGAGGCCAAAAAGGCAGCCGAUGAGGCCAAGAUGCGUUUCGCCCAUGUCGAUGGAGAUCAUUUGACCCUGCUGAAUGUCUAUCAUGCCUUUAAACAGAGCAGCGAGGAUCCCAAUUGGUGUUAUGAGAACUUUAUUAAUUUCCGUUCCCUCAAAAGCGCUGACAAUGUGCGACAACAAUUGGCCAGGAUAAUGGAUCGCUUCAAUUUGCGUCGCACUAGCACAGAGUUUACCUCGAAGGAUUAUUAUGUGAACAUACGCAAAGCUCUGGUGCAGGGAUUCUUUAUGCAGGUGGCCCAUCUGGAGCGUACAGGACACUAUCUAACCAUUAAGGAUAAUCAAAAUGUGCAACUGCAUCCCUCGACUUGUUUGGGUCACAAGCCAGAUUGGGUAAUCUAUAAUGAAUUUGUGUUAACCACCAAGAACUACAUACGCACAGUGACAGAUGUGAAACCGGAAUGGCUACUCAAUUUGGCGCCCCAGUACUAUGACCUUAAUAAUUUCCCACAAUGCGAGGCCAAGAGGCAACUGGAGUUACUCCAGCAGCGCAUAGAAACGAAACAAUAUCAAAAGGGCUUCUAAAAUCCACAUCAAGAGUCACUUAAGUUACAUCAUAAUAGAACUUUUAUGCUUUUUUUAAUUGGAAUCAUAUUUUUAUCACUCAAACAAACAAGAACAAUUCCGUUAAUUAACAAAUGAAAUGUGAAGAAAAA